AUGCCAACAUACUAUUCGACAAAUACCUCCUUCACAAUACUAGAAAAAUCCUUAGCCAUAGAUUUGGGCUUCAUUACAUAUAUUCAUGUUGUGCAUAAUAUUCUCAAUCGAAAUAGCUUAAAGAUUAAAGCAUUCUUUAUUCGUUUCUCUGGUUUCCAAACUCACCGAUCGUCGUUGAAUUCUCUCAGAGUAAGUGUUGUCCAGUUACAACCAUACGCCAACAGUUAUACGUUCGCCGGUUGGUGUACAGUAGCAGAGAUAGAGAAGAUGGGAAAAUCAUCUACAAUUGAUGCAUUUUAUAAAAGGGAAAGUGCUGAAAUUUCAACAAUGGGAAAAUCAUCUACAAUUGAUGCAUUUUAUAAAAGGGAAAGUGCUGAAAUUUCAACAGUUAUUGGGCAGUCAGGUCCUUCUAACCCGCAUGAACGUCUUAAAAAAAAUUUAAGAGUUGAACUGAUAGAAUCAUUCGAUGUGAGUUCUAUGGAACGUGAUCCAGGAUUACGCCCCCAAAUAUGGCAAUAUACUCCAAACAAGCAUGACGAGAUCCGUAGAGCUUAUAUUAAAGCAGGCGCUUAUCAAUGUAAGCUUUCUCAAUAUCCUAAAUCUGGUGAAAAACGUGGUCGCAGCUUUCAACAAUCAUGGUUUCAUCUAUUUCCGUCAUGGUUUGAAUAUUCUCCUAAUAAAGAUGCUAUAUUUUGUUUACCAUGUUACUUGUUUCACAAAAAGGAUGGACCUUCAGGAUCAGAUGCAUUUACUGUAAAUGUAUUUAUAUCAUGGAAAAAAGUGGAGGAUGGUAAAAAUUGUGCAUUACUUGCACAUGUUGGGAAAGAUAUCACUUCUCCUUAUCGAAAUGCAGAAAAGGCAUGUGCGAAUCUAAUGAAUCAAGCUUUACAUAUUACCCAUAGCUUUCAAAAGUUUAGUUCUCAAGAAAUUAUAGAGAAUAGACUUCGAUUGAAAGCUUCAAUUGAAGCAACCUUGUGGCUUGCAUUUCAAGGAUGUCCUUUUAGAGGGCAUGAUGAGUCUAAAACAUCAAUCAAUCGUGGAAAUUUUUUGGAGUUACUAAAUCUUAUGUGUUCUUAUAAUGACAGAGUAGCAGAAGUUGUGAAUAAAGCUCCAAGAAAUGCUUCAUACACAUCACCAACAAUUCAAAAAGAAAUUUUGCAAGUGUUGGCAGCUAAAUUAAAAGAUGCAAUUCGUGAAGAGAUUGGUGAUGCAAAAUUUUGUAUCAUUGUUGAUGAAGAUGGCUACGUGAGAGAGCGAUUUUUUGGGCUUGUGCAUGUUAAGGACACCGCUGCAUCAACAUUAAAAGAAGGUAUUUUUUCUGUCCUUUGUCAUCAUAAUCUUGAUAUUCAAAGUAUUCGAGGCCAAGGUUAUGAUAGUGCAAGCAAUAUGCGUGGGGAAUGGAAAGAGUUACAAGCUUUGGUUUCAAAUGAAUGUCAUUAUGCUUAUUACGUUCACUGUUUGGCGCAUCGAUUACAAUUAGCCUUAGUUGCUGCAUCAAAAGAAGUCAUUCCUAUUCAUCAAUUUUUCACUCAAUUGAACUUCAUCAUUAAUAUUGUCGGAGCCUCAUGUAAGCGUAAUGACCAACUUAAAGCUGCUCAUGCUGCAAAUAUUGCUCAUUUGUUAGAGAUUGAAGAACUUGAAAGUGGAAAAGGGCUUAACCAAAUUGGGGCUUUGCAAAGGGCCGGGGAUACUCGUUGGAGUUCUCACUUGAAAUCAAUCUCUAGUUUGAUUAAGAUGUUUAGCGCAACAUGUGAAGUUCUGUUAAAUAUUAUUGAUGAUGGAACUACUUCUGCUCGGCGUGGAGAUGCAGAUGCUGCAUAUGAGGUGCUAACUUCUUUUGAAUUCGUUUUCAUUUUGCAUCUCAUGAGAAAUUUUUUAGAGAUAUCUAAUUUACUUUGUCAAGCUCUACAACUUCAGUCUCAAGAUAUCUUAAAUGCACUUCAUCUUGUUUCAUCUACUAAGUUGCUUAUUCAAAAAUUAAGAGAAGAUGGAUGGGAAGAAUUAGUUUUAACGACUAAAUCUUUUUGUGAAGCUGUUAAUAUACUUGUGCCAGAUUUUAGUGUUAUUUAUGUUGCACGAAGAGGAAGGGCUCGCCAUCAACAAGAUAAGUUUACAGUAGAACAUCAUUAUAAAGUUGAUAUUUUUAAUGCAGUGAUCGAUUCUCAGUUGCAGGAAUUGAAUAAUAAGUUCAAUGAUCAUACAGUGGAGUUGCUUACUCUUUGUUCAGCUUUAGAUCCAAGAGAGAAGCGCACAAAAUUCAGAGUUGAUGACAUUUGCAAGUUGGUGCAAAAGUUCUACCCGCGAGAUUUUGAGGAGUACGAGAUGAUGCAAUUAAGGGUACAAUUUGAGCAUUUUAGUCAUUUGCUAUUGCUUCCUGAUUUUGAGUCAUUAUCAACUAUAUCUGACUUGUGUCAAUGGAUGGUGAAAACUAGAAAAUAUGAAAUGUAUCCUCUGGUGUACAAAAUUGUAACUCUUAUUCUCACGCUUUCAGUUUCUACAGCCACUACGGAGCGGUCCUUUUCAGCUAUGAAUAUAUUCAAGACUAUGCUUCGUAAUAAGAUGGAGGAUGAAUAUCUUUCGGAUUGUUUGCUAGUGUAUAUAGAAAAAGAAAUUGCAAAACAAUUUGAAUUAGAUUCGCUCAUUGACGAUUUCCGCGAUCUGAAAGAGAGACAUUCUUUUCCCUCAUACAAUGGGAAAGAAGACUCUAUAGGAUGGUUAUAUAGUUCUGAACAAUUCUUCUUCAAGAUAAAGACUGACGAGAGACAGGGAGAGAGAGAGAGAGAGUUUGACAGCCUUCCACAUGGCAGGUUUGAUAGAAGCAUUAUGAGUCGACGUGGAAAUGCAAAAUCCUUCAAACUUGGUGACAACAAUGAACUAUGCACAGGCUUUUGA